AUGACGAAUACGAGUGUUUGUCUCGCUGAACCAGUUUCUCUUACUUCAACUUAUAAAAAACGGAUGGCAUCUCCCAACGGCUACGGUAACAACUUCUGGCAAAUGCCAUUGCUACACCCUCAAGGAUCGUUAAAGCAACCGGUCAAGAACAGGGCAUCCAAGGAUUCAGAACAGCAGUAUAAUAGCUUUGAAGCUCCCAGACUAGCACGAACAAUGACCACACCCACAGAUCCAGUCGACGACAUGGGAAUAUCCAAUAAGGUGACACUGGAGGAUGUCAUGUUUCAAAAUGAGCGCCAUGGUUCAAGUUCUAGAUCUGAUCAGUACACAGUUACGGAUAGUUGUCAAUCUGCGACGCCAGAGCUCCAAAUGGAUAGUAGAAGUCCAGAUUCAGAAUCUUCCAACAACAAAAAGAGCAAGAGAUCAAGAAACGGAUGUCUGACCUGUCGCUAUAGAAAGAAGCGAUGCUGUGAAACGAAACCAGCGUGUAAAGAAUGUUCAAGGUUAGGGCUGGACUGCAAAUGGCCAGCUCCUGGUACUGAAAACAAAAACAGAUCGAAAAACAACAGACAAAGUCGUGAUGAAAUGGAUCACGAGGUGUACGGCACCAUAAAAAUUCUUAGAGGCAUUGUUGCAUAUAAAUCUGACGAGUAA